GCGAUGAAUUGAGAAAUAUGGGAGCGGAUGCGGCUGAGCCGAAAGCACGUCGUAUUUUGGCAGGUCUUGGUUUUAGUAAGGCAAUGCAAGAGAAGCCAGUUGAAGCGUUCUCGGGUGGUUGGCGUAUGCGUAUCUCGUUGGCACGAGCACUGUUCCUUGAGCCGACACUGUUGAUGCUUGACGAACCCACCAAUCAUCUCGAUUUGAAUGCUGUUAUAUGGCUGGAUAAUUAUUUACAAGCGUGGAAGAAAACAUUGCUGAUCGUGUCUCACGACCAAGGAUUUUUGGAUAAUGUCUGCACGGAUAUCAUUGACCUGCAGAAU